AUGUCGACUACUCGCAGGCCCUACUUUAUCAUCUCCGCUCUGCCAGCCGAUGACAUGGCCCAGCAAGACUUGGAGGUCGAGCAGGUCUUCCACCUGAAGGCGGAAGAAGCCCGCGACGAGGUCGAAAAGAUGAAGAAGUCGCUCAACGACAACGGCUUUGACUUUGAUUGGAGGCUCGGCUGCAAGGAAACCCUCGACAAGCUCGACGCAGCGGAACAUGUCGACGGAAUUAUCUUCGGAUUUGGAUUGCGUGGCCACCCAGCUCCAAGCAUUUCCAUCCUUUUCGAGGAGCUAAUCGAAAAAGUGAGAUAUCACCCAAAGAACGUCAAAAUGUUCUUCAACUGGAGCAUCCCGUCCAGCUUGGACGCUUGCCAGAGAGCCAUGAAAUUGAAGGCGGACAAGGAGAAGGAGGCUGCCGGAGCGGCGCAAGAAGUAAUAUAG